UAGUCGAGGGGUAACAGAAUGCGGCCAAUUUUACAAAUUUUUCAACAAUUUCCUGUCCAGAGUUAUCGAUAGUUUGAUAAAUCAAAGCACGUUGAUUUCCAGGGGGUGAUGGUGAAGGAAACUUUGGUUUUGGAUUUUGUUUGUGUAAAAUUCGGGGGGAAGUUAAUCUUUUCAAUGGAGGAAUUUGAUGUUUUUUCUGCAAGUGGAAGUGUUGAGUCAUUUCCGUCGACGUUAAUUGAAAUUUAAUUUGAGAAAACAAUCCUUUAAUCAUGGUGAAAGUGAAUCCUCGAGUAUUCUUCGAUGUGGAAAUAGGGGGUCUUCCAAUCGGACGAAUUGUAUUUGAAUUAUUCACCGAUUUGUGCCCCCAAACGUGCGAAAAUUUUCGUGCACUCUGCACCGGGGAAUUGGGCCUGGGGAAAACGACUGGAAAACCACUACAUUACAAGGGAAUUAUCUUUCAUCGUGUGGUCAAGGAUUUCAUGAUACAGGGGGGCGAUUUCUCUGGGGGGAAUGGCACGGGGGGAGAGUCCAUCUAUGGAGGCACUUUUCCAGACGAAAAUUUUACUCUCAAACAUGAGAAACCUUUCCUACUUUCGAUGGCAAAUCGAGGGAAAGACACCAAUGGAUCGCAGUUUUUUAUUACAACGCAACCCGCUCCUCAUCUUGACAAUGUCCAUGUAGUUUUUGGAGAGGUUGUUUCCGGACAGGACUGCGUCUUGCACAUUGAGGGAUUGCCUGUUGAUAGGAUGUCAAGACCACUGCAGGAUGUCAAAGUUGUUCACUGUGGAGAACUUGUGUUGAAAGUUAAAUCAAAAGAAGAAACACGAAGCAGCAAGAAAACGAGGUCCUCAGAUUCCACAUCUGAAUCGGGAAAACACUCGAAGAAAAGAAAGAAACAUAAGAAAAGCGAUAGAAGAACAGCAGAAUCAGACAAGAGUGGAGAUGAUGAAAAUGAUGGAAAAGAGUACCAAAAUCCCCAUCCACUAGUGUCAGUCACGAAAAUCGAUCCCGAUGAAAUACCGGAAGUGCCUGCCAACAAGUUCCUGUACCGCGCUGGACCCACCACUAAUUCCAAUCAGAAAGAGUAUAAACAAUAUUAUAAUCGAGAAGCUGCUCGCAAUUAUCGGAAGACUGGACGGGUUUUCAAAGGGAGAGGAACAUUCAGGUAUCGCACCCCAUCUCAAAGUAGAUCCCGCAGUGCGACACCCCCGCACUGGAAACAAGCGCAGAAACGAACGAUAAAACUGGACGAUUUGAGGAAAAUGACCAGAGAUGAGGGGGAGAGGGGCCCCAGGCGAUUCACCGAGGCCUACGACGAGGACAAAAAAAUAACGAGCAGAUCUGCCAACGAAAAUAGAGGAGUUGAGAACAGCCCGGAUCAUAACAGGUCCAAUUACGAGCAGGAGAGUGUCCACAGGCGUGUGCAGAGUAGAAUUAACAAUUUGAGAUCUUACGAGGGAUCUGAGAACAGGUCAGGGAGGUCGGGGGCGAAUGGGAGGUCAUCGUGGCGUCAAUCGAGUGGUGAUCGACGUCGCAGGAGACGCUCGAGGUCCAAGGAGAUCAGCAGGGAGAUCUCGAGGUACAGCAGUCGUCGGAGUGACGUCUCCCACAGGCACUCCACGUCCACAAGGUCCAGGAGACAUUACGAUGAGGUGAGGAAUCGUGAGGGCGACGGUGGGAUGGAGCAGUCGAGGCUCAAGAGGUCCUCACGCAGCGCUUCCUCCGAGAGCUACCAUUCUAAACGUUGAGGAUUUUUCAUUCUCAAAAUUUCUUUUUGCACUGAAAUCACUUGUUUUUUUUGUUAAUGCGUAAUUAUGAACAUUAAGUGGUAAUUGAUUCCGUGAUUUGUCCCAAGUUGAAGAGGAAAAUCGAUGAAUAAAUCAAUAUUUUUUUUGCAGUGAAA